GGUUGCUUCCUGGUUGGAGCUAGGGUUGCUUCCUGGUUGGUGCUAGGGUUGCUUCCUGGUUGGAGCUAGGGUUGCUUCCUGGUUGGUGCUAGGGUUGCUUCCUGGUUGGUGCUAGGGUUGCUUCCUGGUUGCAAGAUUCUCGGAAUCAGAGGGUAAUAAGAAGGAAAUAUGGAAUUCUCCAACCAGGAUUUCUAUAAAACCUGUUGCUGGUUGCAUCCCAAAUUGCAACCUAUUUCCUAUGUAGUGCACUGCUUUUGACCAGGUCUACCUAGGGAAUGGGGUGCCAUUUGGCAAACAGGCAGUGUCUGACCUUGAGAGAUUUAUUAAGUUAAUAAUCUGUUAUUUAUUUUGACCUUGUAGGUACAGCACUGGCUGAUGGGGUUAUUGACUCAGGGAGGAUACAGCACUGGCUGAUGGGGGUAUUGACUCAGGGAGGAUACAGCACUGGCUGAUGGGGGUAUUGACUCAGGGAGGAUACAGCACUGGCUGAUGGGGGUAUUGACUCAGGGAGGAUACAGCACUGGCUGAUGGGGGUAUUGAGUCAGGGAGGAUACAGCACUGGCUGAUGGGGGUAUUGACUCAGGGAGGAUACAGCACUGGCUGCUGGGGGUAUUGACUCAGGGAGGAUACAGCACUGGCUGAUGGGGGUAUUGACUCAGGGAGGAUACAGUACAGGCUGAUGGGGGUAUUGACUCAGGGAGGAUACAGUACUGGCUUAUUGGGGGUAUUGACUCAGGGAGGAUACAGUACUGGCUUAUUGGGGUUAUUGACUCAGGGAGGAUACAGCACUGGCUGAUGGGGGUAUUGACUCAGGGAGGAUACAGUACAGGCUGAUGGGGGUAUUGACUCAGGGAGGAUACAGUACUGGCUGAUGGGGGUAUUGACUCAGGGAGGAUACAGUACUGGCUGAUGGGGGUAUUGACUCAGGGAGGAUACAGCACUGGCUGAUGGGGGUAUUGACUCAGGGAGGAUACAGUACAGGCUGAUGGGGGUAUUGACUCAGGGAGGAUACAGCACUGGCUGAUGGGGGUAUUGACUCAGGUAGGAUACUGUACUGGCUGAUGGGGGUAUUGACACAGGGAGGAUACAGCACAGGCUGAUGGGGGUAUUGACUCAGCUAGGAUACAGUACUGGCUGAUGGAGGUAUUGACUCAGCUAGGAUACAGUACUGGCUGAUGGGGGUAUUGACUCAGGGAGGAUACAUGGAUACAGAUCGCUGUGAUUACUCCUGAUGUUUCCAACACUUCUGAUAUCACCUGAAGGGAUCAAGAGAGGAUGAAGAGGAGGAGGGGUGACAUGCACAUCCUCCAGAUCACCGGUUCUUCGCAAAAAGAAUACUUAGAUAAAGAAGUCAUCUAGAGACGAGCACCAUGAUGGAUUCUAUUCAGUCUACACCUGAUGUCUUCACCACAGACAGCAUCUCGAGAGAACCAUACCAUGAGACUCAACAGUCACCAUCCAACUCAACCAUAACCGUCGAGCAUCACAACAGCUUCCACAAUACCCUACUAGGUGUCUUCCUGGGCUUCCUGUCCCUGCUCACCGUCAUCAUGAACAUCCUGGUACUCUACGCUGUGAAGAAGGAGCGGACCCUCCACACGGUGGGCAACCUCUACAUCGUCAGCCUCUCCGUGGCGGAUCUCAUCGUCGGGGCCACCGUCAUGCCCCUCAACCUGGUGUAUCUGCUGGAGGACGAGUGGAGGCUGGGGAGGGUCGUCUGUCAGUUCUGGCUCAUCAUGGAUUACGUAGCCAGCACAGCCUCCAUCUUUAGUCUGUUUAUACUAUGUCUGGAUCGGUAUCGGUCCGUCCACGAGCCGCUGAGGUACCUGAAGUACCGAACCAGAAGGAGAGCCAGCGUUAUGAUCUCAGGGGCCUGGUUGUUGUCUACGAUGUGGAUUAUUCCUAUUCUAGGGUGGAGGUUGUUUGCUACUGUCGAUCUUAAACCGGAAAUGGAAAAUAAGUGUGACACUGAUUUCCGGUUUGUUACGUGGUUUAAGGUUUUAACUUCCGUGUUAAACUUCCACCUUCCGUCUCUGUUGAUGCUGUGUUUCUACUCACGCAUCUACAUGGCUGUGAGGAAGCACUUCAGAGAGAGGGAAAAGAUUAUCAAUCCUACAGAUUCUACGGCGGGAAACCGUAUCGGACACAAAGUCCAAACAGGAAAUAGACCCUGCGGGUCUUCUAACGAGGAAAAUAAGGGAAACGACUGUGACUUUGAUCAGUACACUUUAGACCAGCUGUACAACUCAACAGAUACGGCUGAAGCCAACGCAUCCAGGGAACCCAAGUCUGAGAAAGACUCUCACUGCAGUCAUUCACUGCUCAGAAUGACACAACAUCUGAGGAAGACUGUAAAGGGCGAAAGAAAGAGCAGCUCUUUGUCUUUUCAGGAGAAGAAUUCAGACUCAGAGACCCCUUUGAACCUGUCAACGUUACCUCUCCGCUUCACACACACCGACGACAACAACGCGCAGGAACUGUACGUAUCCGUGAGCGACAUAGCCGUGCCGCUAAACUCUGUGGCUGGCGUUUGCGAGAUAACCCAGAUAGCAUGGCCCCAGGAGGACUCGGAGCCCGAUGAUGGUGCUAACCCGGACGCUGUAGCCAACGCUGUGACUCUAAAGCAGACCUGGCAGAAGUUCUGUGCCCAGUCCAGGCAGCGUAUGCAGAGCCUUCAGGUCCAUAAGGAGCACAAAGCUGCCAAGCAGCUGGGCUGUAUUAUAGCUGGGUUCAUGACGUGUUGGAUCCCAUACUUCAUAGUCUUUAUGGUCAUGGCUUUCUGCCAAACCUGUGUACAUCACGACCUACAUAUGUUCACGAUAUGGCUUGGGUAUAUAAACUCUACCUUGAACCCGUUCAUAUACCCCCUCUGCAAUGAGAAUUUCAAAAGGGUGUUCGAAAAGAUUUUACACAUUCAUUUGUGAUGAAAGGUUUUCUGAACAGUGCCUUGAUUGGCAGGUAGCCCUUUAAGUUAUGUUAGCGAUGCUGCUUUAACCUUCGGUGUGCAUGUUUUCAGUAACUUUAAUGUUGGUACCUUAACUGUGUAUAGUUUUGUAAAUAUAAUGCUUAUUUAUUGUAGGCCUUAAUAUUUCCGUAUCAAACCCAAACAUCAUCCUUCUCACUCAACAAACUAUGCAUUCCAGUCUUCGUGGAGUCUUGUCUGACUUUUAAAAUGUAUUUUAGUCAUUCGUGUCUGUAAUUUCCAAUAAAAGUGUCUGACCGGGGGUGGUUUGUUAUGGAUGAGUAACCUAUGCAACUGUUAUACUGUACUUCCCUUUUACCAAAAAUAUUUAUACAAAAAGACAUCCGUCUCAAAGUGUUUCAGUGAUUUGUCUUGAUUUGAGGGGGCGCCAGCAUAGACUAAACCUCACUGCUGUAACUCAGUGCUCACACUGUGGUAAACAAGGCAACAUGAUAUGUUUACAUUCUACAAUAAAAAAAGGCUUUUUUUUAACA